UGUUGAUACUUGGCAAUUUGCUCCGCUAUGACGGAGUUGAUGAUGAACAAAUCAAACAUUUACCUUAAGAUAAGUUAGGAAUUAGUUAAAUGAAGAUCUUGAAUCUUCGUCUAGCUAAAUAUAUCCAUAUUUUAAAUACUUCCAUGGAUAAACUGGCAAGUGAGUGUUUACCUGAUAUUCAACGUUUUGAAUAUCAAGUGGCUGGCCACAAGACAGAUGACUCUGGGUGCAGUGGACUCUUAAAACAUAAGGAUGGCUAUGUGUUGAAACCUAUUCCCAAAUCACCCCAAGGUGAUAAUGAAAUCUCAUUUUAUGAAAGAGUGAAACAUGAUGUUAAGUUGCUUCCGUUACAAAGGUUCAUUCCUGAAUAUUUUGGUUACUCAUUCUUGAACAUCAAUAAUGCAGAUAUCAGAUUUUUGAAGUUGCAAGAUAUAACUAACCAAUGUUCGAAACCUUGUGUGAUGGAUGUUAAAAUAGGAAAACAGACUUGGGAACCAAGUGCAACUUUGGAAAAACGUAAAUCUGAAGAUGCCAAAUAUGCUGUUUCUAAAAGGGAAUUUGGGUUUUGUAUUCCAGGAUACCAUGUCUUUGAUAUUAAAUCAGGACUGGUAUUUAAAUUUGGCAAGGAAGAAGGAAAGAGAUUAGGAAGAGAAUCAACCAUUGCGGCUUUCAAGCAGUUUUUCAACUAUUCUUGUGGAUUUUCUUCAAUUAUUGUAAAACAUAUUACGAGUCAGAUGGCCGAUCUCCUGGAUUGGUGGAAUUCACAGAAUGUUAUCCAUGUUUAUUCAAGUUCUCUAUUACUUGUAUACAAUGCUGAAAAAUUAGAGGGAUUGCUAUCAGGAGCUUUAAAAGAAGAAGAACUGAUAACAGAUGGCUCAUGGGUCAAGAUACGUAUGAUAGAUUUUGCUCACGUUGUUCCUGCUAACAACCUAAAUGACCACAAUUAUAUUUCUGGUCUUUCAAACUUAAUUGCCAUUUUAAAAAGUAUUAUGUAAUUUAAAUGACCUAUAUAUUUUUAUAUGCUAGAGAUGUAUGUAUAUUUUUUCAUUUUAAGAAUUGAGAACGUAGAAAGUUAAUAUCUAUAUUUUUAUGUUAAAUUUUCAAAGGAUAUUUGUUAAUAAAACUUGCUAUAUUAAAAAAAAAUCUAUAAAAUUUAAUGCCUUG